CACACACACACACACACACACACUCUGAUAGCAUGGUUAUUGAUGAGUUAAAUGGGGUGGGGGCAACGGGGCACACACACUGCUGCGAACAAGAGUGAGAGAGAGAGAGAGAGAGAGAGAGAGGAGGGUGAAGACAGUGGGACAUAGAGGGAAUGACUGGGGAGGACAGACUGGCCAGGGACAAAGAGAUGGACAUGGACGGAGACAGAUAGAAAGGCACAGGAAGGAGGAAGAGAGUGGACAGAGAGGACAAAGACGUCCACAGUCAUCUGUGGAAACUGUUCAGGACAUGGAGCGGGAUGUCCAGUAAAAAGCUCCUGAAGUGAAGGACAUGGAAAAGGAGACGGGGAGGAGGAGGAGGAGGAUGGACAAAAGGCAGGACACCCAAGGGAAUACUGAGAAUGUGUGGUUGGACGAUGGACUGGUUGGAUUCGACGGUCGCUGAACCACUGAAAGAAGAAGACGUGGAAAAUGCUACAAUCGAAGCAAACACAUUCAGGCAACUCAGCCCUGGUGCUUCAGCCAACGAGAAACUGUCUGCACAAUCUGUCCUCAAUAAAGCAUCAAACCAACAAAUGAACUCUGAGCAGGGAUCAGGGAUUUAAGGACAUGUUUUUUGUGGUCGUUCCUUCACAUGUUCUAAGCCUCAUGGUCCAGGUAAUCAUCAGAAACUAGUGGUUCAGUGGUGGAGGUUCUCUGACGAUGAGGCCGAUCCAUUUUUAUCCACUGUAUCAAUCACAAAAAGACUGUUCAAAGAACAGUUUCACGAGUGGAGCUGUUCCAGUAAGUGUGAGUAAAGUAUGAUCAGACUGGAGGAGACCCUGCUGUACAGGACUUAUCAUCACUUUCUAUUGAAAUAGAAAGAAAAUCCUUUUGAAUGCCAAUCAAAAACAAUAAGAAUACCGGCAUAUAUUUGAGAAAUGACCUGAGGUUCUGCACUCUGUCGUGGAUUCUUCAAAAAUAGUGUCCAUUCUAUACCUUUCCCAUGAUGUUUUUAAACUCCUGUAGGUUUUAUCAUCCAGCACCAAUUCCUCAUCUUGGGAAUCUUUAACCUGGAAGACAAACAUUUAGGACUGAAGAGUUUCUCUGAGAAUCUAUGCACCAGACAGAUUCAAUUACAACCAAAAACCUGCAUUUGAAGGCUUUCCUCCAUCAACAACUCAACUGGAUGCUUUUCCUGAACCCCACCCGUCCCAUGUCACAAGACUUGUGUGAUGAAGAAUAACUUAGGGUCAAGUGUCUGGCAGAAAAUAUAAACUGUCCUCCAGCAUGCCUCAAUACAAGAGUCUAAUGGGAUAAAUAAAAAAAUCAGUUUCAUCAUCAGGAUUAGUUCAGCACCAAACAUCGGGCUGCAGCAUGGGACUCAGCUGCUUCAAGUCCUGGAAACAUGACAGUACAGGCCACAAAGGAAACAGGGACGUGCUGGCGAGUCCAGGCUCGUAUUUCUUCCUGUCCAACAGUGCUGGUCAGGGCGACGAGUGGCUGAAGAGUCUCAACAAGGGGGUCUGGAUCCCUUUCACAGGGGUCUUUGGACAGAGUCUGGAGGAGACUGUGUUGUAUGAACGUCGUUAUGGGUUGCGUUUGGUUCCCCUAGUGGUGGAGCAGUGUGUGUCCUUUAUACGGGAGCAUGGUCUGUGUGAGGUGGGCUUGUUCCGACAGCCGGGUCAGGCCAGUCUGGUGAGAGAGCUGCAGGAGGCUUUCGAUGCAGGAGAGAGGCCGUCCUUCGACAGUAGCACCGACGUCCACACCGUGGCAUCAUUGCUGAAGCUUUACCUCAGACAGCUGCCUGAGCCUCUGAUCCCUUACAACCGCUACCAGGAAUUCCUCCUGUGUGGACAACAUUUGAAGAGUGAUCGCGCACAGGGUUUGGAGGAGUUGAGGAACCUUCUCCAUGAGCUGCCAGUUGCAAACUUCAACCUUCUCAACUUCAUCUGCCAGUUUCUGCAUGAGGUGCAGAGUUACUCUGGCAGCAACAAAAUGGGUGACCAAAACCUGGCCACUGUUUUUGGACCAAAUAUCAUGCGAGCCAAAGCUGAAGACCCUCAAAGCAUCAUGGGAGGUGCAGCACUGGUCCAUGUGUUGAUGCUAGAGUUCAUCAGAAGUCACGAGUCACUAUUUGCUAAAGUAGCCCCACCUGUCUUCAGUCACCCACCCGCAGGCUCCCGUGCAUCUCCAACGCCCUUGAGGCAUCCACACCUGCACCUGUCACCCUGCCUCCGCCAGCUCUCCAUGCCCCUGAUUGCAGGACCCUCACGAGAACUUGAACAAUCCUCCACAGAUGCACUCAACCACAGCUGUGCCUACUCUUCUGCUGCCAACUCAGACUCGUCCUGGGCUCAGAAAAGACUCCGUGGUCAUCGUCACACCUCCUCCCACCCAGAGAACUGCUUCUUCCCUCUGCCACCAUCAACUCAGUCUCCUCACCAGUACCAUUCCAAAAGACUUGCAGAGUACAACCAGGAUUUUGCUGAACAAGGACCAUCGUCAUCAAACGUUCAAACUUCUGCCACAAGCCUCCAGCAUCAAGAGGCACCAGAGGACAGUGUUCUACCCAGACUGGUGCUGGCAGGAUGGACAAAGGUGUGGCCAGGGCCAGAGGAGGAUCAUUCAGAGUUUUGGGAUUCUUCUUCUGUGGUGGCUGGAGAAGAUGCAGAGCAGGUAAGAAAGGAGCACAGUGAGGUCCAGGAGGACAGCACACCUUCUGCUUAUGAGAAUGUAGACACAGUUUCCUCGGAACAAAGGAUGGAGGAUGCUGCUGAUGAACGUUUUAAUGGUGACGGUGAUGCUCAGCAAUGCCAUUCUGGAAACUGUGUAGAUGAUGCACAGCUGGAGGAAGCUAGGCAGACGAGAGAGUCCUCCUCAUCGUGGUCCUCCUGUGAGUUUCUACCACUGGAUGACAGCGGUACUGUUGGGGAGCCAGUGAGCCCCUUCAUGUUACUACAGAAACCUGAAGGAUUCACUUCAGGCCAAACAGCAGAAGAGGAAAAAAAUGGAAAACCUGAACCCACCAACAAUACCGAUGAUGAGUAUGACGAUGCCGAGAAAGAUGGCGACAAUGAAAGCGUCAACCAUCCUAACUCUCCAGCCUCGAUGGUCUUCGGGAGUCCUCUGAGUACGGGCAGUUCUGAGGUGUUCCUCCCCUCCGGGCCUCCAGAUCUCCAUCGUCCAGAAUUGCUGACACAGUCCAGAGAUGCUCAAUCUCUCUUAGCAAAACUUCAGCAAGAGAUGGCCCAGCAGGAGGCAGAGUACCAGGCCAGGAUACAGAGACUGGAGCGAUGUAAUGAUGUCCUGGAACGCCAGGUGGCAGUGCUGCGGAUCAGUCUGGAGCAGCAGAAGCGCAGCCAAAGUGUGGCGGAGAUCAAGAUACGCAACAUGGAGAGAGCCAAAGCUGAUGCUGACCGACGAAACAGUUCUCUACAGAGAGAGAUGGAGCUGUUCUUUAAGAUGUACGGAGAGAUCCGGAAGAAGGGUGGAGAUGGAGGAAGAGGGAGUCUCUGAAGACGGGCCAACAGGUUUAGAGAGAGAAUGGGUCGGGAAGGUCUGAUGUGACCCUGAUAAUUGCUCUAUGGGCAGUAAAAGGAUUAUUUACAAUUCAAAGUUGAACACUAAGACAGAACUUGGAGGUCAGAUGGUUGGAUGUUGACUAUUGUCCACUGUCUACACAUUAGUUUACCUUAAAUCAACAUGUUCUCCUAAAGGUGUACUUCAAGGAAAAGGUGGAGUCCUGUAAUCUGUCAGAUUUGCUGAUCUUUAUCAAAUAAGCUCCUCCAUCCGGACGUUUGUUUUGGAUCACGACCUGCAUCAGCAAUUUCAGAGGAUUUACAGAUGACACGAAGACUUUAACUGUAGAGAACUUGCUAAAGGUCCAGAUCAGAGACUAGUCUGUGUCCAUUAUUUGGACCGAAUACUAAGCCUGAUACAAUCAACAUUUUGAUCUAGGAUCUUAAGAAAAUGAAGGGGCAAGAUGGAAGUAAAUAAACUUCACGAAUGGGAGACCAAACUCAAAGUUACAAAGGGCUUCCAAACUCGUCUUCCACACGUGUCAAAGAUUAAUCUUUUGAUUUUCUACAUCCACGGUAAAUGCAGAAACACACAACGCCUAACGCAAUACUGUUAAGCUAGAAAUAUUGUGACUUGAAGUUCCCAAAUUAUACAUUUUAUGUUUGUGGAGUCUUAAUGGCUAUAAUUCUUUUGACUUUGUUGGCUUCAAACCAAAGUGAAGGGACAUUUUGGCUGUA